UAUAAAGGCAGUCCCACAGCAAAUCAACUACUCCUCCUAGCCACUUCUGAGAGCAAUCUCUUUAGAACAACAAGAUGCUCAAGUCUGUCACAGAAAGCUUUGCCAAAAUGAUCCAUGGCUUGAAAGUGGGACAUCUGACUGAUCUUGUUCUACAGAGAAGCAAAAGGAUGAUUUUGGAUACUCUGGGAGUUGGGAUCCUGGGAACCAGCACACAAGUGUUUUACAAAGUCAGCGAAUAUAGUAAAAUCUACAGUUCCAAUACCACCAGCACUGUUUGGGGCCAGCCAGACUUAAGGCUUCCACCAACAUAUGCAGCCUUUGUCAACGGUGUAGCUAUUCAUUCAAUGGACUUUGAUGACACAUGGCACCCUGCCACCCACCCUUCUGGAGCUGUCCUUCCUGUCCUCAUGGCAUUAUCAGAAGCCCUACCUCCAAGUCCAAAGUACUCUGGCCUUGACCUGCUAUUGGCUUUCAAUAUUGGCAUUGAAGUACAAGGCCGAUUGCUGCAUUUCUCCAAGGAAGCCAAUGACAUACCAAAGAGAUUCCAUCCCCCCUCAGUGGUGGGAACUUUGGGUAGUGCUGCUGCGGCAUCCAAAUUUUUAGGACUCAGUAUGACAAAAUGCCAAGAGGCUCUGGCUAUUGCUGUUUCUCAUGCUGGAGCACCCAUGGCAAAUGCUGCGACUCAGACCAAGCCUCUUCAUAUAGGCAAUGCUGCCAGGCAUGGAAUGGAAGCUGCUUUUCUGGCAAUGCUUGGGCUCCAAGGGAACAAGAAGGUCUUGGACACCAAGACAGGAUUUGGUGCAUUCUAUGCCAACUAUGCCCCAAAUGUCCUUCCAAACCUAGAUUCUCACACUUGGUUGUUGGACCAGCAGGAUGUGGCCUUUAAACGUUUCCCAGCACAUCUGGCCACCCACUGGGUGGCAGAUGCAGCUGCAUCUAUGAGAAAACACCUUGUAACAGACAGAGUCCAGCUUCCUGUUGACCACAUUGUGAAAAUAGUGCUAAGAAUUCCAGAUGUCCCAUACAUAAACAGGCCCUUCCCAGACUCAGAACAUGAAGCGCGGCACUCAUUACAGUAUGUGGCCUGUGCCUCACUACUCGAUGGUGGCAUCAUCACCCCAUCAUUCAACAAACAUCAGAUCAGCAGGCCACAGGUGAGAGAGUUGCUCAGUAAGGUGGAGCUAGAGCACCCUCUGGACAACCUGCCAAGUUUUAAUACGCUGUACUGUGAAAUAAGUGUCACUCUCAAUGAUGGGGUCACAUUCACUGAGCGUUCUGAUACCUUCUAUGGUCACUGGAGGAAUCCACUAAGCCAGAAGGACUUAGAGGAGAAAUUCAGAGCCAACGCCUCCAGGGUGCUGACCUGUGACAGAGUAGAAAGGCUCAUCAAAAUGGUAGGUAACCUUGAAGACCUGGAAGACUGCUCUGGAUUAACUGUGCUUCUGAAAGGAUCAUCUCCUUUAAAAAUGGUUUCUGAAUCUAUCUAGCUUUUAACAAUUAUACCAUAGAGUAUCUCCUGAGGCUUACCAACAUCUCAAUGAUUUUAUACUGGAAGAGAUUCAGUUAUUUGCAUUAUAGAUCAAAGGUCUGCUCUUGGUCUUUCUGGAGAUAAAUGCAGCAAGGUAAAGAGAGUUCAGACACAGAAAUGGACAUACAUGGAAGGAAUCUUAGCCAGUAAGUUUUGUGAUAUGGUUCACAAAGAUCAGAAAUUGUCUUUGACAGCAUUCAUAAAUCUAAAAUUCAAGUAACCUCGAGUCAUUGAUGAUUUGUUUGUAAAAUUCAUCUUUCCAGAAGAUUGACUUGUGAACAACAUGAACCUCAAAGUAUAGAAGAAUAUGUAAGUUUAUUUGCUUAGUAGGCAUAAAUACUGCCUCUGCAUGUAUUAGAUGCGACCCUUGCAUGUUACUGAAUAUUCUUUACUUUGGUUUAUUUUUAAAGCAGAAAAUAAAAAAAUCUAAAAAAUAAAAAAGCAGUUUGGCUCUGGAAGCCAUGACCUUAAUCACUACAACGCAUCAUUUUCACUAUAAAAAAAAAAAUUGUAAGAAAAAGAUGAAAAAAAGGCUAAGCCACAAUGUAGUGUCAUCCAAAAAAGUGUAAAUGUAUUUAAUAUUGACUGUACACAAUAGUUAAAAUGUCUUUUGGAGUUAAAAUGCAACAUUAGCAAUAGACAUAAGCAAGGAGUUAUUUAUGUAUUCUAAAUCCCUAAUGUUGCUUGAGAAUAGGGUAAAGCUACCAACUUAUGGCUUUGGUCUGUAAUUUUACAUAUUGAAAUUUAUAAAGUAUAUUUAUAACAAGACAACAACAGAAUGUAUCAUUUCUAUAUUUAUAGGUAGAAAAAUAUGAAAUUAAAAAAACAAUUCAAAGGAAUACAAGGAGAAAGGAAAAAAGACAGGACAAAGAAAAAGGAAAUUUAAAUGACAGAAAAAUAUAAAUAUAUCUAUGAUGACAAAAGAAAUUAACUAAAUUCACUGGUUACAAAAAGACGCAAACUAGGAACACAUUUUAAAAUUAAGAACCUUCACAUUCAUUUAUUAAUUCACCCAUUUUGAGUGUGCAGUUCAAUGACUCUUAAUACACAUAUAAGGUUGUGCAAACAUCAGUACAAUGUUGUUUUGUAAUACUUCUAUCACUCCAAAAAUUUUUAUGUCUGCUUAUGAUCAAUCCAACUUCUACCCCAGCUUUCCAGUGAUCUAUCUCCAGUAACUAAUGGUCUGCUUUCCACCUUCCACCUCUAUAGUUUUACCUUUCUUGACAUUUCAUACAAAUUAAAUCAUAUAGUAUAUAGUCUUAUGAGUACUUUACUUAGUAUAAUGAUAUUAAAAUAUUUCCACAUAUAUUUUAGCACUUUAUUUUCUUACAUUGUUGAGUACUAGCUCAUUGUAUGGACAUGCCACAUUUUCUUUACUCAUCCAUUAGUUAGAAAACAGUUGGUUAUUUCCCAGUUUAGGAAUGUUAUGAAUGAUGCUUCUAUUCAUACAUGUGUUUUGGUGUGAGCAUAUUUUCUCAUUUCUUCUACAUAGAAAGGUUAGUGGAAAUGCUGGGUUAAAUAGGAAAAUAAUGUUUACUAAAAUAAAAGAACUAUUUCCCAAAGUAGCUCCGCCAUGUUACAUCUUCCCUAAAGUGUAUCAACUUUGGAAAUGUCCAUCUAUUUUAUUGAGUGUAUGUAAUGUUUACUGAGUUUUAGUAUGUAAUAGAAUCUCUCUGUGGUUUUCAUUUUCAUUUUACUAAUUAUUACUUCUUGCACAUUUUUGGUCAAUUAUUCUAAACAUGUUUUCUUCUUUAUUGGUAUUUAAGACUUAUUUAUAUAUUCUGUAUUUAAGCACUUAUCAAAUAAAUGUUUUCCAAACAUU